GUCGGCCGUCGGCGCCGCUCAGUACACCCGCAACCGGUGACGGAGGCACGCGUCAACGCUUUCGUUCACAUUUGCCGAAUUAAAAAAUAGAAUUAAAAUCUAGCAACAAUCGUCCAUGUGAAGAAGGAUUGCACUUCCAAAUCAGUAGCCUUGACGUGUUUAAUUAAUAUUAUAAAAAGUCAGUGAGUGUUAAACGCGUUCGCGUGGAUGUUAAUAAGCCGGCGUUACGGAGCAUUCCAAAUUAAUUUGAAUUGGUCAAGGUCCGUUUGAGAGAUUGACGUAUUGGUGCUGAUUUGUGCGCUUUCGUUGAGCCUGCAUCACGUGUGCACAGGUUUUUAAACACCAUGGUGGUGCGAGUGGCGACCGACGAGCGUCCAUUCGAGACGCCGUCCUCCGAUGAAAGCGGGCUCGGACGGAGUGACUCUCCCAGUGAGGAUACUGAACCUGAGGCAGCAUUAGUGGUGCCACCUGACGGCGGGUGGGGUUGGGUAGUGGUAGCGGCUUCAUUCAUGUGCAACGUGCUCGUGGAUGGGAUCAUUUUCUCCGGUGGAAUGUUUUCUGAACCCGUUAAGAAUGAAUUUAAGAUUAGCGAAGGGCAAGUGGCACCGGUCAACUCUCUGCUAGCCGGGUUUUAUCUCCUGGCGGGACCAUUCGUCUCUGCUUUGGCUAAUAAGUACGGUUUCCGAAUGGUUACAAUUAUUGGAAGUUUGAUAUCGAGUGCUGCUUUCGCCAUCUCUUACUAUGCUACGAACGUUGAAUUUCUUUAUCUGGUGUACGGCAUCGGUGGAGGUAUCGGUUUAUGUAUGAUAUACAUGCCUGCUGUAUUGACAGUGGGAUUCUAUUUUGAGAAAUGGCGGGCACUAGCCACUGGUCUGGCGCUAUGCGGUUCUGGUGUCGGUACAUUCCUGAUGGCCCCUCUUACCAGCAAACUGGUCGAAGGUCUCGGUUGGAGGCUUACAGUCAUUGUCCAUGCAGGCUUACUUCUUCUUUGCAUCAUUUUUGGUGCUUUGUUCAGACCUAUCAAACCAGUACGAGUGACCCUUGCCGAUCAAAAUGAGGAAGACGACACCGCUCGGCGACACGAGGAAGCGGUCGAAAAACUAAACUCGAUGCUUAAAUUACACAGCAAACUUGAUUCCGGAAUAUGCAUGCCUUCCAACUUCACCAACAAAGUCAGCCCCCACACUUGGAUGGGAGUCGCAAACAACACGCGCUACCCAACAGCUGAAGAAGUGUUCCGCGGUAGUAACUCCCAUCUGAGCAACAGUCACCUUGGAAGGCGAUCGUCUGCUAAUGCUGGAACGUUAAAGAAUACGCUUGGUAAUAAACCUAUGUUCAUUGAUACGGCCGUCGCGGAAAAAGAUGAGCAAGAGGAUUCCAACAGUAACAUUGAUAACACUGAGCCAUUGAUUGGUACUGCUGUGAAAGUAAUUCCUACGCAACACCACCACCAUCACCACCAUCACCGUCGAUCUCACGCCGACUUAGUAGCAAGGCCCAUGUACAGAGACGAUAUAUUUUUUGGUGCCAGUCUAACUAGAUUACCGCAGUACACUUCGCGUACGUCGCUCGGAUAUCACUUGGCUGUCACGCAUGUACCUACUAAAGAGGACGCUCAGGAGGAAACAUCUGGCAAAUGCCGUUUCUGUCCUGAAGCUGUUAGAAGGACACUGGCCACUAUGUUGGACGUCAGUCUUUUCCGAUCUCCGACCUUUGUUAUCCUCGCUUUAAGUGGAUUUUUCACGAUGUUGGGAUUCUUUGUGCCUUACAUGUAUGUGAGUAAAAGAGCUGAGGCGAAUAACAUGGAUGCCAAUUUAACUGGUUGGUUGGUAUCGGCAAUUGGAGUCUCAAAUAUCAUCGGUCGUGUGAUGUGCGGACUCGUUUCAUCUAUGCCAAAAAUGUCUCCGCUGUGGCUGAAUAAUAUUGCUCUCUCUGCUGGAGGUAUUGCUACGAUGAUGAGUGGACUUUGCUACGAUACUGUCUUCCAAUAUGCAUACUGCGCGGUCUUCGGUCUUGCUGUUGCAUGCUUCGCAUCUCUUCGCUCAAUUUUGGUUGUGGAGUAUCUCGGUCUGGAGCAAUUAACCAACAGUUUUGGACUGUUCUUGCUGUUCCAAGGAUUAGGGGCCUUGUUGGGAGCACCUAUUGCUGGCAUGCUCUACGAUCGCACUAAGAGCUACGACAUAUCGUUCUACGUGUCUGGUGGUUUCCUUCUGUUCUCUGCCGUGAUGUGCUACCCAGUGGACAGGAUCAGCCGGUGGGAAAAAUCUCGCAACAAAUUGAAUUCAUCUCCCAAAGUUUGAACACUAAGAUGAAAUUAUAAUAAACAUGGUAACACAAUGUUUGUGCGCCGGUGCUAAAAUGUGAAGUGCCUAAACUGAAGUCGAAUGUACUAAAGAAUGAACAAGCGUCUAAAACUUAUGCCGGGUGCGAAAAUGAUAAUAAUAUAAUUGGCAUUCGUUUUAUAUACCUAUUAGUACAUGUAAGUUUAUUAAGUCUACGUGUUAAGAUCAAUGGGAAAUAUCGUUUGUACUAACAAAAGGAUUUUACAUAUAAAUUGACCAACUUUCAUCCAAUUAACCUAGCUACUCUUUUAUUCAUGAAUGACUGACAUACGUAAAUUGGUUAUUUUUAUACAGAUUUCUAGAAUCUCGUUUAUGAAUAUGAGAGUUAAAUAAGCCACUGUCCUUUUCAGUACGUACAUAUAAGUAACAUAUUUAUAUAAUGUGUUGUCUAAUUGGAAUUACUGUGUAUAUUUUACUCACUACCCGUACCUCGAAUAUGAAAUUAUAAUAAAAUUAGAGAGACAUUCCCAACAGUGUAUCAUUGACAAAACUGCGAGGGAUGUAGCUUUAGCAAAGGAUCAGUUAAGUCAGUUAUAUGCAUUUAAAUAUAGGUUUAGAAGUUAAAAAGUACAAAGACUCGAAUAAUAAAAGUAAGAUUAGCAGUUUUGUCGAAAUUAGUAGCCCGAGAUGAUCUGAAGCCAAAAUGUACUUUAAUAUUUAGAUUAGAUAACAUGUUUGUGCCUAACUUUAUACUUAAAAGUGGUGCAUAACUUAAGACUAAAAUUUUAUUAUAAGGUAAUUAUAGCAUAUCAGCGUGCGAAACGAGUGUUUUUUACAAUAUACACUUUUGGAGAAAUUGUAACUAAAUGUAUGUGCCUUACUUGUACGAAGUGAUACUUAUUUACUUAGAAUUAGGGUUUGUAAUCUUAUUAAUAUUUGUUAUUAAUUAAGGUUCGUUGAGUUAUAGUUCCGAAUACGCAUUGUAAUUUAUUUACAAUGUCUUAAUUAUGUAGUUCUUGUAUUUAUCGUAUAAUAUUUGUGUUUAGAUAGGUAUAGGUCUAUAUAACUGUGGCUGUGGUCAAUUAGAUUAUUUUGAGAUAUGUUAAAUAAGAAAUCAUAGUUACGUUUACAUUACAAAGACUUUUGCUUAUUUUACAUCACAAACACCUAUAUCAACUUAUAGGCCUUAGUCAUUUUUUUCACCGAGUGAAAAUUUGAUAUAAAAUUAUUUCCAUUUAAUUUAACCAGCUAUAUACGGAUACGAGUAACCUCUAUUUUAUGUGAUAUGUUGCAAUUGGUACACAUUUCUUUUCAUUUUUAAUUUCACAAACCCAUUAACAACUUAUACAUUAAAAUUAAAUCUUCUCUAAUGCUCCUUAUUUCCUAACUUUUUAAUGUAUAUUGUGCAUUAUUUACAAGAUCUGAUUUAACAUUCUGGUCAAACAUGUACCUACCUACCUACGUUUAAUGUCAUCUGUAUAUAAAUGGAAGUUUUUUUGUCGGUAGAUCUGUUGAUAUAGAUAUUUCGUAAUUGGAAUUAUGUUUAAGUGGGAGUUAGAAUAUUAUUUUUAAAGUUGAUAUCAUAGAAUUCGUGAGCAUACAUGUGAUCAAUAUUAACUAAAAAUAUUAAACUACGCAUUUUGCGUAUCUAUUUAUUUAUUUUGCAUUACAGAUCAGUGACUAUGAUUUUUUGUAUAUUAGUGACAUGUCGAUGCCACAGUGCCAUAAUGGAAUGUUGAACGCAUACGAUUGUUUGUCUUGCCGUUUAACUCGAAUAUUGUCAGAUACAAAGAGCUUUUUCACACAAUAGAAACCACUGCCAUUAACUUAUUAAAUGAGUGAUUUCACGCUUAAUGUUUGUAUCCUUAACCAUCAAAAUGCUAAUUAUUCAGGCAUUGGAUGAAAAAGAAUUUGCGUAAUAAGUGAAUUUAUGUAUUUAACAUACCUACUUUAAGACAAUCGAAAAUAUUUACGGUGAAUCAGUGUGAGCAUUGAACACUUUUGUUCCUUAUAGCAGCAAAAUUUGUAUGAAAUAAAUACUUUUGUUGACUAUU